UUUCUUCUUCUUUUUCUUCGAGAGAGAAAAAAAGAUAAUUGUUUUAAAAUAACACAGAAAAAUAGAAUAAUAAGAGGAAUUCGAAAUUCAUUGUCUGAUUAUCGACCGGACGCGGACAAGAGAAGCAAAGCAGGUACCCGGGGGUAAAAAUGCAUCGACCUGAGGACGCAGUCGCGGCACAACAGGCGCGGCCUUGGGCGCCGAAGCUGCGCGACUUUUCUCGACGUUGGAUAGAAUCAUUGAGAUCAUUAUACGGGGAAAACGCAGCAUCCUCGGUAACGACUAUCCGUAAUUUAAUGGGUAAUUUACAAAGUGAUGGUAAAAAGAAAGUUAAGAAGGUAAAGGACAAUGCUAAUGUAACGUAUCCUACUAUCGACAAUCCGGAAUUUCCUGAGAUAAUUAAUGUUAAAAAAAGUUCAAAAAGUUUAGAAGAUGUUACCAGUUAUGAAAUCGGUAAAAGUAAUAUUAACACGCAACAUUUUUCUAAAUCAUCUAUUGAAAAAUUACAAACACCUGUUAAAAGACAAGCACCUAAACCACCGGUGACGACAACCUUCGAAAAGGUCAUUAAGACAACGCCUGAUGAGAAAUCAAAUUUGAAAUUACAAUGUCGUGAGGAAUCAUCAUCAAAUAUUAUUUGUAAAGAUGUUGAGAAUAAAAUGAUCGAUGAAACACCUAAUAGAACGUCUAUUGUUAUCAAUGGAACAACAUCGAUUACGAAAGAAACGAUUAUUGAUGCUAACACAACCCCUGUUAAUCUAACGAAUCCCUCAUCUACCUUGUUGGUCACCGACUCUUGGCGUUUAGCCAAUAAAGGUUUGCUAGUUGCCGAGAUAUCUGCACCGCUCAGUCAGGAAUCUUCCAGUGACAGUUUAUUUACCGAUACAGAAGAAGUACCAUUAUCCAUGAAAACUCAAUGUGUUCCUAAAACACCAUCUUCAACCGAUACAUUAAUUGCUUCGAUCAACUUAAGGGAUGAUCUGAGCGAGAAAAGAUCACCUUUUUCUGUUUUAAGGCACAAAAAAAUUCAAUUACCACCUACACCAUCUCAAUUGAAUAUUUCACCAUCACCUGCUAUUAGUGAUAUGAGAAAGACACCACAUAGAAGACACACAAUGUACGAAACUUCACCUGAAAGUCAAGUAUUACGAAGAGUUGCUAAUUUGGUUUUGGAUCGUGCUAGUCUUGAAUCCAAAAUCAACGAUAAUUCCAAAGUUAUACCACGUAAACUCGAUUAUGGCCUUUAUAGUAAAUUUGAAGGAUUACGUUUGAUAGAAGUAUUGACGUCGGAGUUACCAGAACAUUUAAAAUCACAAUUGACAGAUGCAGAACGUGAAAAACUCGAGUUGGCAUUUUAUACUCGUUUGGUAUCGACAGGUUUACUUCGAACAUUGACAGACAAAGAUAAUAGCACAAGUAACAUACCACAAACGGUAUCAUUGAGUAAUUAUCGAAAUCAAUUCGAUAAUAAUACGUCACAGUCAUCAUCAUCAUCAUCGUAUUUUACGGAAUCAUUGAAAAAAUCUAAAACAAGCAACGAUAACGUACAACAAUUGGAAAAGGAAUUGAUCGAAUUGAGAAAAGAGAUAGAAAGAUUGAAAAAAAUUAAUAAGGAUGCUGUUACAACGAUGGCACAGGACAAGUGUGUACAAACUUCACCCAAAAGUGUAUCACCAAGUAGCGUUACAAGUGCAAGUUCACCUUCAUCAAACGAUUACAAAAGUGCAUCGCAAGCUACGAGUAUCAGCGAUGGUGAAAGAAUUACCGUUGUAUCACUCGAAAAUUCACCAAUAUUAUCUAACAAAUCUAUUUUGUCCAAAAAAUCGAUUCAAUCCAAAGAAGAACCGGAAAUAAGGAAUUUACGUAUGUUAUUGGAAGAUGAAAAAUCAAAGGUUCAAAUGUCCACUCAAAAAUCACUUUCACCGACUAACGAAGACAUUAAUAUUCAAGAUAAUAAUUUGUUUCCAACCGAGAACGGAGAAAUCGUAAACGAAAUAUCUGAAGUAAAGAUUUCUGAUGAAAGUAUUGACGAAAUGAGGAAUUUGGUGGAUAAAAAAGUGGAAGAAGAUAUUUCGCAGAAAUGUUUUCCUACCCCGACUCCGCCCCCACCACCUCCUCCCCCACCGCCUCCUCCUCCUCUCCCACCAUUGCAAUCACCGUUAAUUUCGAUAGUGACCGAAUCAACUAUUCAUUCCGAAUCGAGACAAGUUCCAGCAUUAUUAGUAUCGUGUAUAUCACCACCAUUACCAUCACCACCAUCAUCGUUGGAUUUACAAACUUUGUGCAUUCCUCCACCUCCUCCUAUGCCAGGUACUGAACAAGCACAAUUUUCACAACAAUCACAAGUACCACCACCCCUACCACCCCCAAUGCCAGAGCUAUCAGGACAGAGUUCAUUAUCUUCAUCACAUCCACCACCACCACCACCACCACCACCAAUGCCAGGAAUUUCAGGACCAAUAUCAGCACCACCUCCUCCUCCACCACCACCAAUGCCAGGAAUGACUGGACCACCACCACCUCCACCACUUCCUCCAUCAAUCCCAGGAAUGGCUGGACCACCACCUCCACCACUUCCUCCACCAAUGCCAGGAACAUUUGGGCCACCACCACCACCCCCAAUGCCAGGAUCAUCCGGACCACCACCUCCACCAAUGCCUGGAAUAAUUGGAUCACAACCACCACCACCACCCCCAGCAAUGCCUGGAAUAGUUGGGCCACCACCACCACCAAUGCCAGGUAUGACUGGACCACCACCGCCACCUCCUCUAUUUUCUACCUCGAUCACGGGAGCAGGUCCUGGCUCAAAUGCAUCAGGACCACCACCACCUCCACCACCAUUCGCUUCUACUCCAACUCCUUUACCUGCUCCUCCUAUUGGAGGCUGGAAUCCUCCCAGCAGAUCGACAUUGAGGAAACAACCUUUGAAUCCUGUUGUACCGAUGAAACCAUUAUAUUGGACAAGGAUUAUAGCACCAAUGGCUGCUCCCAGUGUAGGAAAAUCAUCUACGACAUCUUUUUGGGCGGAAUUAGAAGAAGAAAAGGAUUUAGAUAUCACCGAAUUUACUAAUUUAUUCUCACGUCAAGUAACCGAACGUAAACUUACCAAAAAAGGAGACAAUGUUGUUAAGAAACCAUCAAAAAUACAACCUGCUAAGAUUUUGGAUUCAAAACGAUCGAAAACUGUUGGGAUUUUGGAAAAAAGUUUGCAUAUUGAUUUUACUGAAGUUGAAAAUGCUGUUUACAAUUUGGACACUAGCGUGAUUGGUCUUGAAUCUCUUCAACAAAUUUAUGAAGUGAGAGCAACGCAAAAAGAAUUGGACGAGAUAUUAGAACAUGAAAAAUCAAAUCCUGAAGUCCCAUUGGAUCGUCCAGAAUUAUUUUUAAAACGAUUAGCAGGAAUAGAUCAUUUCAGUGAAAGAAUGGCAUGUUUGGUAUUCCAAUCGGAAUUUCAGGACGCCAUAUCAUCAGUUUCGAGUAAAUUGACGAAUUUAAAGACGAUUUGUGAUUACCUGAACAAUUCUAAUUCGUUGAAAAAGGUGAUGGCAUUGAUAUUAACAUUGGGAAAUUAUAUGAACGGUGGUAACAUGAUGAGAGGACAGGCAGAUGGUUUUCAUUUGGAAAUACUUGACAAAUUGAAAGAUGUUAAAUCUAAAGUACCCGGUAUUACUUUGUUACAUUUUAUUGUUAAAGCGAGAUUGGCUCAGGAAAAGGAUUGUAAUUUUGACGAACCUUUACCUUUACCUGUACCUGAGCCGGCUGACAUCAAAGCUGCUUCGACGAUCAAUUUUGAAGACAUUACCAAAGAACUUCAAAGGUUGGACGAUCAAUUGAAAGCUUGUCAAAAAAAAUACGACGCAGUGAUGGAAUCUAAUCCGCCUAACGCUCAUGUUUUUAAAGAAAACAUGAAUACAUUUUUUACAAGUGCAACCACAGAAUUGGAAAACGAGAAUAAAGCUUUGAUCAAAGCUAAGAAAAAAUUUAAAAGUGUUAUGCAAUUUUAUCAAUUCGUACCUAAAGGUGCAACAUUGGAUACGGCUGAUCCUAAUCAAUUCUUUUCACUUUGGUUUAAUUUCUGUCACGAUUUCAAGGAUAUUUGGAAGAAGGAACAACAACGUUUGAAGAAAGAAAAAAUGGAACAGGAAAUUUGGAAGAAAUUGGAAAGUAAGAGGAACGUUAAAAGAAACAAAUUACAUCCCUUUGGAUUAAAAGCUAGGUUAUUAAGGGAUAAAACUCUCGAAGAAAUAUGACGCGUGAUAAUCUCAAUUAGAUGAAUUUAAUAUAAAAAUUCAAUAGAAAAUAUUAAAAUAAUAAAACAAACAA